GACGUCACGGCAUACCAGGAAGCUUCUGCUCCGCGCACGUUCGCGCACGGAGAUCCGUGGGAAAACCGCAGGAUCCGGAGGAAAAUCCACGCGACCACGGAGAGAGAGGGACACGCAAACUCCAAAUAUACAGCCAUAAUACAGCUGACGCUUCCUCUGCAGAAUUGGUCUGAUGGAGCAAAGGCGCUCAGCGCAGCUUGGUACAAAAAGGCAACAAUGCGACCAUUGUGCAUACAGCACGGAUCAAACUGGACAUUUGACACAGCACCAAAGAACUCACACAGGAGAGAAACCCUUCAAGUGCACUUUGUGUGACAAGGCAUUUGCAUGGUCAUCAGGUCUUCAUCACCACGAGAGAACACACAAAGGAGAGAAACUCUUUAGGUGUACUCUGUGCGGGAAGGCGUUUGCACAAUCACCACAUCUUCAAAUACACCAGAGAACACACACGGGAGAGAAACCCUUCAAGUGCAGUGUGUGUGGGAAGGCGUUUUCACAGUCAUCUAAUCUUGUAUCACACCAGAGAACACACACAGGAGAGAAACCCUUCAGGUGCACUUUGUGCGGGAAAGCGUUUUCAGGCUUAUCAAAUCUUAAAACACACCAGAGAACACACACGGGAGAGAAACCCUUCAAGUGCAGUCUGUGCGGGAAGGCGUUUACAGUGUUAUCACAUCUUAAACAACACCAGAGAACACACACAAAAGAGAAACCUUUCAAGUGCACUGUCUGUGAGAAGGCAUUUGCAUGGCCAUCAGGUCUUAAUUGCCACCAGAGAACACACACGGGAGAGAAGCUCUUCACGUGCACUCUCUGCGGGAAGGCGUUUGCUCAGUCAUCCAUUCUUAAAACACACCAGAGGACACACAAUCAUCAGAAGAUCCCCAAGGAGUGGAGUCUGAAAUCGGCUUGUGAAAGUCAAAGUGCUGCAAUCAGCCCAUCCCUCAUGAAACCAGAACUAAAGCCCAGCUUGGACACUUUUGAAGGUAUCAAGGUGAAAUGUGAAGAGGCGAAGGUGAAAUGUGAAGUAGUGAUCAAGAGCGAAGAAAUGACGAUGAAAUGUGAAGUGAUGGUGAAGAGAGAAGUGAUGGUAAACUGUGAAGAUGAAGAUUCAACUCCGAAAUUGGACCUUCACAUCGAGGGUGGCAACGUGAAGUAGGAGGAGAUUUCUGACUGUGAGGCAGAGGGAGGCAACUCCCAGCAGUUUGUGGAAGUAGAGGUGUGGGUCGACUUCUUAGACAAUACAAAGUCAAAUGGAGACCCGGUAGAUGUGUAAGCUUGGGACAAUGAAGCUCCAAUAGAUUCACCUCUGUCACAGGCCUUUAAUGAAAAGAACGUGAAGUCGAACACUCAAUUCCUGGGUUUAACCUGCAGAGUAAGAGCGACCAGUAUUUGUGGAUCUGUGGGUUGGGUAGAUGAUUAACCAUGAGCAAGAGCCAAUAAGCUCCCAAGUGUUGUAUAUAUUAGGUCUUGAAAAAGAAUGAAAAUUAAAUGAUAACUGAAAAUGCGCAAUGUUUUGAAAUGAUGCUAAUUAUGUAUUUAUGCUAUAUCUCGGGGUAUUACCAAUCGUGAUAAUAAUAUAAAGGUGUAAUUGUAUGAAGUUAUGCAAGUGUAUGUAAUUAUGCGAAUUAGGCUCUGCUUCGUUGUCUCAGGGUGUAUUACCAAUCGUGCUAAUACAUUGACUUAAAGCUGGAUUCAUAUUCUUUGGACCUUUCGGUAAAGUCACGUAGGUAGGUUUUUGUUAUUUUCUUUGAACCUAUCAACGUGACUUUACCGAAAGACCUAAAGAAUAUAAUACAGUCUUUCUCGCUUGAUCAUUUACCGAUUAUGUUUUAGUGUGUUUAUGUCAGGUCUCAAAAUUCAGAUCUCACCGCAGGAUACAGUUCUUAUAAUUAUGAUUAUUACGAAUGAACUUAGGAAGGGACACUCAGACUCUUCUGCGUUAAGCAACUUUAAUAUCUAAAAACAAAACACUGUAAUAUGCUAACUCUUACGCUAGGAAUUGUCAACCCAGUAUUCCUGGAAAUGUUCUACUCAUUGAUCCAUACAAGUAACCCUCAAUGGUUAUGUUUAUUAACUGGAUAACAGAACAAUAUGCUAAUUGCUCAGAGUAAAGCGACCAUACACGCCGAUAGGAAAAAAGUCCUUAAGAAUCUGUUACAAUAUUCAUACGAACAGUAGUAAAGAAACAUGUGCCCAAGGCCAAAGUAGUUUUCAAUGAAUUAAUUGGUAUGAUUAUGCAAUUGAUCGAAAUGCCCUGGAACAAUAAUGUGUGUCAGUGUGCCUGUUUGCCUAAUAAAUGCUUAUCAAUUGGUUAAUGGGCUUGAAUCCGCGGGCAAGAUUCCGUGAUCAAAAGAAAUAAAUCUCAACACAAUAGUAUUCCUGUGAGUGUGUAGAUUCAUAACAUCGCUUAUAAAUGUUUAACGUCAAUUAAUGUAUUGCUAAAGCUAUGCAAUUAACGAACCGAAUGACUAAAAUACUUCUAUACGACCUUAUUCAAGCAGCUCAAUGGACCAGACAAUGUUUUCCACGAUCAGCUAAUAGUUAACGCACCACCUUAGGAUGGCCUUUUUCGAAACAAAGAUCACUUUUGGAGCAAUCUUAUUAGUUCCCGAUAUGUGUGUUGUGUGUGUGGGUGUAUUGUCUUCGUGCUCAACUCUUUGAGUGAAGCCGGCGCCGAGGUGGGGCUUUCCUUGUACGGAGAAUACCUCUGUUCGCUUGCCUCCUGGGCGAUGAGUCGUGUGUGUGUGUGUGUGCGGGCGUGUCAUACACACGGCGCUCUCUCUUGAUAGCAGCUCCAAGCUUCUCCACUGCUGGAUGAUUGUUGAGUCUGCACGAUGAUUGCCUUUGGCGGUGCCCGAUAUCGCUCGCAGCUCGUCCGCUGGUCGCCAGCGCUGACACUUAGGGGUUAAUUUUCGAAGGCCGUCAACGAAAAGUUCAUGCAUUUGGGUGUGCAUAAAACAUUGGCGACGUUGAAAAAGGACUUUUACAGGCCCGGGAUGUAGAGUGAUGUCCUCCUGAUUAGAGGUUGUGUCGAUUGUGCGCAUCGGAAAUCUCCUGCCACGCGACCGCAGAUUCCGUCACAGUCCAUUGUUGUGUCAUGGCUGAAUGAAUUUGUGGCCCUGGACAAUUUGGGUCCCUUCCCGGUCUCCCAGAGAUGGCACAAGUACCUCCUCGUGGGGGUCGAAUAUUUGACUCAUUGGCCUAUGGCCUGGCCCUUGGUUGACCAGUCAACUGCGUCUAUAGCCGACGCCUUUGUGAAUGGCUAUGUCCUGGAUAAGGGGGCCCCGGAGCAACUGCUCACGGAUCAGGGUAUUAAUUUCUCCUCCAAAUUGCUCCAGGAUGUGUGAGUCUUUGGGCAGGCGGAAAAUACGCACCUCACUGUAUCAUCUGCAGACUGACGGGAUGGUUGAGCGGUUGCAUAGAACCCUCACCGCUAUGCCAGCAAGUGACUGGCGGACAGGCGGAUUGGGAUCUGCACUUCCCGGGGGUCCUUGCUGCAUACAGACUUGCUCCGCAUGCCUCGACAGGUUUCUCACCGUUUUAUUUGAUGUAUGGGAGGGAACCCGAACCCCUUGUGCAAGUUGAGUUGGGACUGAGCCCCCUGCGGAAAGGUUCAGCAGUGCUUGACCCCAUAUUGAAAACACUGGAGCAGCUACGGUUGGGCCGUGAAGCCGCUCGGGUCAACUCGGCCCGCAGACAGGCCCGGCGCUGGUUUGUGCAUCCUUUACGGUUAAAAACUUACGUUCUGUCCGGUCCGGUCGAUUCAUCCCCACAUCCCUGCCGGCCGGUGUCUGAUGUGUCUGGUACGCCAACCGGCAAGCCUAAAGUAACAGGCCGUGAGGAGGAAUGUUCUGUACUGCCUGCAGGGCUGGAUGAUCUAAAGACCACGGACGGAGCCUUGUGGACUCCCUCAUCGGACACUCAUCACACUCAAGCAGACCCGUCUCGACCUGCGGGGAUGGGCCUGCUGCACAUACCCAUUCGCGACGCGUUGUUUUUCGUUAAUUCCCCAUUCCCUUGUUCUUGUUUAUUUUCAUGAUCACUGCUUAUGAUUGUCUUGUAGUUAGGGGUCGGUCACUGGUCACUAUAGAGUU